AUGGCUACUCCGGAAACUGUACCUAUUGCAGAUGAAAUCAUGAGUGAUUUCGAAGAUGUAAGUUCACCAAAUUCCCCGUCAUUAUCUUUAGAACAAUCUACUCGUGGAUCUACUCCACCUACAUCGACAUCAUCGCCACCUUCUACUCAGAAUAAUGAUUCAAAGUCCAAAGAGAGUCUUGAGACAGAUGAUGUACAAGAUACAGUUGACAAUAAGAAACUUCUGGACGAUGUUAAUGAAUCUCAAGAAUCUGCCGAUUCAAAAGACGAUCAAGAUGGAGAAGAAACCAGAAAAGAAUCUACUGAUGCAAAAGAUAUCAAAAGCGGUGGUACUAAGAAAAAUCAAGAUUCUAAAGACACUAAGGAAUCGAAGAAAAUCAAAAAAUCAAAACCAAUUUCUCGAGCACCAAUUGCUACCGGUAUUUCUACUGAAAUUGAAGUCACGGGAGAAAAACCAAAACCAAUUCAAGAAGGUGAUCCAUCUUUAGAAGAUGAUGUUUUAUAUGCCAUUUUUGUUAUUCUUUAUGAAGAAGAUCUGACUGAAAAAGGAAUGACCGUAAAACAUAUUACUGAUGUUUUAGAUGAAAAAUAUCCUCAAUUCACGAAAAAUACUGGUAAAGUGUCAAAUUUAGUUUCUGCCAAAAUCAAUUCAUAUAUUAAACGUUUAGAAGCUGGUCAAACUAGUCUACGUUAUGCAAUUUCAAGAGAUUGGGGCACCAAUACUCCCAAAAGAAUGUUGUAUAGAUAUCGUGGGAUUCUAGCUCCUGGUUGGGAAGUCAAAUUGAAAGAGUUGCAGAAGCAACAAGAGAGUAAACAACAACAACAACAACAACAACAACAGGAACAACAAAGUGAAGAACAACAAAAUGAGCAACAAAGUGAUGAUUCUCAGGAGUUAAAUCUGGAACAAAUUGAACAACAACAACAAAAUGAAUCGAAGGAAAAAUCAAGAUCACCAGGUUCUGAAUCUCCUAAAUCACGUAAGAAAGUUUCUCGAGCUCAAUCAGUAUCAACAAAUUUCAAAGAUCAUUUUGCUGAACUUGAUAAACAACAAGAUCAAUUUUCACUGCCACUGCCAACAACAGCAACUUCAACUUCAACUUCAACUUCUAAAACAGCCACAAAGAGAAGAGCUACCAUGUUUGAUUUAGGACGUCCAACAUUUUUAACCAAUGGCGAAUUUUGUGAUCAACCACCACCAUAUUUAACUAGGAAACCAGCGAAAAUUGAAGACGUUCUUGAUGAAGAUGUUUUAGAAGAUGAUGAAGAAUCACUAACAACAUUAUCACAAAAAGAUGAUAGUAGUAAUAAUAUCAUCAAGAUUAAAAAGAGAAGAUUGACUUGGGCUCCAUUAGGAGAAACUGGUGAUGAUGAUUUAGGUUUAGCUGCUUUUAGAGCUUUAAGUACUAGUACUGAUAAUGGUUCAGUAUCUUCAACUGAUCGUAAGAAAAAAUGGUUUCAAAUGACUGAAUUACCUAAACCGGAAUUGACUAGUUUAUCAGAAUUGGAAAAAUAUUGGGAUUAA